ACAUUUCUAAGUUAAAUAGAUUUUAAAAGUAAACAUUGGAAUCUGCCGUUUGUGAGUCAUUGUGAUGUAAGGAGCUACCAUUCUACAAAGGGAUUUAUGACAAAGCAGCCGGUCCAGAAUUCCACUCUCCCCAAGCUGACCUGAAUGGAAGCAGCAACCAACUCAGGGUACAGCUUUUUUUUUUGUUGAACAUGAAUGAAGAGGUCCAGCCUUCAGACAAGCUGAGCAGCGUCUACAACCAAUUCCUCCUGGAGGGGAAAUUAACUGAUGUCGUCAUCAUAGCUGACAAUGAGGAAUUUCCAGUUCACAAGGCCAUCCUCUGUAACUGCACCCCAUAUUUCUGCGCUCUCUUCGCCCGGUGGUCCAGCCCAGACCAAAAUGUUUUUCACAUACCAGGAAUAUCGUCUAAAAUGAUGAGGCUCAUCCUGGACUAUGCAUACACCAACUCUCUCACCAUCACUGAGGAUAAUGUGUGGGACCUUCUUGAAGCAACAGAUCAGCUGAACAUACAGGAAGUUGUGCAUGUCUGCUACAUGUUCCUCGAGGGUCUAAUGAGGCCAGAGAACUGCAUCCAAAUCUGGAGGUACGCGACGGCCUACUCACAACCGGAGCUGCGCAGCAAAGCCUUUUCCUACAUCUUGAGGCACUUUGAGGAGCUUGUUCGGUGUAAUGAGUUCCUGGAGCUGUCUGCAGACGAGCUCGCUGAAAUCAUCGAAAAAGACAACCUGACUGUGAGAAAGGAAAGCGAGGUGUAUGAGGCCAUUUUGAGGUGGACUUCUCAUGCUCUGCAAGAGCGAGAGGCACACUUCCCAGCUCUCUUGGCUAAGGUCCGGCUGGCCCUCUUGAAUAUAGAGUAUAUCAGAGACAACUUGCUGCCUCAUCCGCUGGUGAAAAAACAGUGCCUGUCUCUUCUCUCUGAAGCCAUGGGAACCAUCAGUCAACUUUUAUUAUUUCGGCCCCAUUUGGCCGGCGUCUGUAACCCCUUCGGUCGCCCUCGUCUGCCGAAUGCCAUCCUAUUAGCCAUCGGUGGGUGGAGUGGCGGAGAUCCAACAAAUGCCAUUGAGGCGUAUGAUGUCCGCUUUGACCGCUGGACCAACGUGACGAAGAACCUCGAGCGCCCUUGUGCCUAUCACGGCACCGCAUUCCUCAACGGCUACGUUUACUGCAUUGGUGGUUUCAACAGGGUGGAGCAUUUCAACAGUGUUCGCAAAUUUGACCCCGUCACCUACACCUGGCAUGAAGUGGCUCCCAUGUACCACCGGCGCUGCUACGUCAGCGUGACUGUGCUAAAUGGUUGUAUUUAUGCCAUGGGAGGUUAUAACGGACACACACGACUCAGCACGGCAGAGUGCUAUCAGCCGGAGACGAACCAGUGGAAUUUGAUUGCUCCAAUGCACGAGCAAAGAAGUGAUGCAAGCUGUACCACCCUCAACAAUAAGAUUUACAUUUGUGGGGGAUUCAAUGGAAUGGAGUGCCUCCAGACAGCUGAAUAUUACACCCCAGAGACCAAUCAGUGGACAAUGAUCACCCCCAUGAACAGCCGGCGGAGUGGAAUAGGAGUCAUUGCUUGUGCAGGUCAUAUUUUUGCAGUUGGUGGCUUCGACGGCAACCGGCGUCUGCGCACUGCUGAGGCCUUCAACCCUGAGACCGAUCUCUGGAUGAAUGUGGCCCCCAUGAUCACCACCCGCAGCAACUUUGGCAUUGAAGUGCUUGAAAAUCGGCUCUUUGUUGUUGGGGGCUUCAACGGCUACACCACCUGCUAUAACGUUGAGUGUUACGACACUACAGCAGAUGAGUGGUCAGAGGUCUGCGACAUGGAGGUCUUCCGUAGCGCCUUGAGCUGCUGUGUGAUAUCAGGACUCCCAAACAUGGUCGAUUACAUGGUCCCUCGUGAUGCCCUGCCGCUGCUGCCUGUAGAGGAGGAGGAGGAGGAAAUGGAGUCAGGUGAUUCCUCCUAAAAAACAGUAAACCGAGGCAUCCUUUUCAGCGCCAUCGUCCAAGACAGGCACAACUACAACAUCACAUGAUUAAUAAAUCAUUCAUAGCAUCCAGCUACUGCUGAGCAGGC